UUAAACCCCCCUUAUAAUUCCCAAUUAUUUAUUCACUUCCAAAUAUUUUUUUAUUAAAUAAAAUAUUUCUACUAAAUUAAAACUUUCCAAAAUUAAAAAAUACUCUAAUUAAAUCAUUUUACUUUUAAACACCAAAAAUCAAGACCUUUCUCUAUCCUCACGUCUUCCCUCUUUCUUUCUUUUCCUCCUUUCUCUCUCUCUUAUUACCUGUUUUUAAUAACAAACUUUUACUUAUUUUAACAAUCAACUUAUAUAAUUAGAGCGGAUUUUCAUUGUUUUGGGUGAUAAUCAAGUUGGCAGAUCAAACAAAAAAGGGUUUUGGUUUAUAUCAAUUCAAUCUUUGUAUGAUUUUUAAGAUAUAUGGUGUUUGAAGAUCUCAAUUUGCUUUUAAGUUCUCGACAUUAUGUUCGAGGUCUAAAUAUUGGAGAAACACAAUUACUGAAUCUAGGGUUUUAUAUUAUCACUGGUUUUGGUUCUAUGUAUAGAUCAAUAGCAGGAUCAUUUGGUUGAGAUAUGUAAGACAUGGUCACCGCAGGACUUAUGAGGAUUGUUUACCCUUGUUGGAAGCCUUCUGGUGAAGGAGAGAGUUCUAGUAAAGACUCUAAUGGUCGGUUCGACGGACUUUUAUGGCAUAAAGAUUUUGGGAACCAUGCAAAUGGUGAAUUUUCUAUGGCCGUUGUUCAAGCAAAUAGUUUAUUAGAGGAUCAUAGUCAAAUCGAGUCGGGUCCCAUGGGAUCACUUGAUAAUGGCCCUCAUGGGACAUUUGUGGGUGUCUAUGAUGGUCAUGGAGGUCCAGAAACAGCUAGAUUUGUCUGCAAUAAUCUCUUCAAGAACAUUAAGAAGUUCACUUCCCAUAGUCAAGGUAUGUCUGCUGAUGUUAUCAUGAAAGCGUUUAUGGCCACAGAAGAGGAGUUUCUCUCUUUAGUGAAAGAACUAUGGCGUGAAAAGCCACAGAUUGCUUCUGUAGGUGCUUGUUGUUUAGUGGGUGUAAUAUGUAAUGGAUAUCUUUAUACUGCAAAUGCUGGUGAUUCACGUGUUGUCCUAGGAAAGCUAGAUAACUUGGAUAAAACUGUGAAAGCUAUCCAGUUAUCUUCUGAGCAUAACGCAAGUUAUGAAUCUGUGAGAGAAGAGUUGCGAUUGAAGCAUCCCGACGAUCCACAUAUCGUUGUUUUAAAGCAAAAAGUUUGGCGUGUAAAGGGUCUUAUACAGGUUUCAAGAUCUAUUGGUGAUGCCUAUCUAAAGAAGACUGAGUUCAAUACAUCACCUCUGUUAGCAAAGUUUAGAUUGCGUGAGCCUUUUCAUAGGCCAAUCAUGACAGCUGAACCAUCAAUAUCAGUGCAAAAGAUUGUUCCUGAAGAUCAAUUUCUUAUCUUUGCUUCAGAUGGCUUAUGGGAGCACCUUAGCAACCAAGAAGCUGUUGACAUUGUGAAAACAAGUUCCCGACAUGGAAUUGCAAAGAAGCUUGUGAAAGCUGCACUUUGUGAGGCUGCAAAAAAAAGAGAAAUGAGAUAUUCAGAUCUUAAGAAGAUUGACCGAGGAGUUCGAAGGCAUUUCCAUGAUGACAUUACAGUUGUAGUUUUGUUCCUUGACUCUCAUUUGGCUAACCAAAAUAUCUUUAAAGGACCCUACCUUUCAAUUAAAGGUGCUGGAUAUUUCUUCUUCAGGCAUUGAUUCUUGAGAAAUCUAAAAAGAAGACUCUUUUCAUACAACCGGUACUCGGUCAAUUUUGUUUAAUUGCCACUUAGGUGGUUUUAGGAGAGGGGUAAAUAGAGGAUUUUUUUAAAAUGUAUUAUAAAUAUUUGCAAAUCGUGCAUAUUGGAUAUGGUGCAAUUCCCUUUCAAAGGCCCU